AGCUCUGCUUGCACUGAACACCUUCUAAGUUCUUCUCCCAAACAUUUGAUUCGUAUGAAUGACCAAAGGCCAACAGCAUGAAAGGCCUCCGCCACUCCCGGUCACCAACCCGGCGGAUGCCCAGUUGCCGUCACAGCGCAAUACAGCGGCGAUCGGCACGUCCACCGCCGUCACACGAACCAUAAUCCAACAGGGCUUCGCAUUUUAUUUUCGGGUGCCUGUCAAGCUAUUCAGACCAACGAGGAUUGAUUACAUGGCCUUACCUCGGGCAUUGGGGCCCGCUGCGAAAGAGGGUGCACCGUGGUCAUGGCGGACGUCGACACUUGGACUCUUGUUCAACGCAUGUCGGAAACACGGACUACGGUUCAUUCCUGACAACGUUCUCCCACCGCUCUUGGCGAAUUCUGCUGUUGGCGUGGUGUUAUAUACCACAUAUAUCACCGCCUUGCCGCUCUACCACCCUCCAUCAUACCACCACCCGAACCGAACAUGGCCCCCACCACCAUUCGAGUCCGUGUUUUGGGCUGGAGCAUCGGCGGGUGCGGCACAAGCGAUUAUCGCGCAACCGCUCGAUGCACUCCAGGUUAGGUUCAAGAUGAAUGAUAUGCUAGAGGGGAAGUUCCGGAGUAUGUGGGAUUACUCCCGUACCACGCUCCGCGAAGUCGGGGUACGGAGUAUCUUGGGUGGAUUCAUGUUGUCGCUUACGAAGGACGCAUUGGGGUACGGAUUGUUUUUCGCGACAUUUGAAUUCGUCAAACAACAAGGCUACUACUCCUUCCUUCGUCUCAUUUACGGGAAGCCACAUGAGCCGAUCCAGCACGAGGACGUAAAACACAGGCAUAUGCACAACACACACCCACCACACUUCAUCGUUCCCCCGCUCUUCGUCGUACUCGCCGGUGCGGCCGCGUCCGUGGCGCAUCAAGCAAUCUCCUACCCCCUCACAAAAGUCCAAGAUAUCCACUGGUCCCGCCUCGAAACCCUCGACUACAAGCUCCGUCUCGAAGGCUCAAACCCGAUGCUAGCUUACCUUCACUCCUACCGCGAUACAUUCCGGCAGUGCAACAUGAGUGCCGCGAACUAUGGGGGGUGGUGGAGGUGGCUUUAUAGAGGUUUUGCGGGGACGGCGGUGAGGAGUGUGCCGAGUACGAGUGCGGGGUUGGUUGUGUUUGAGGCUUUUAGGAGAAAGUAUGGGGGGCCGAGUGUCUUUGGGGGGGAUGUGCUGGUUGAAGAGGAGGGGUGGGAGGUUAUAUUGUGAGGGAAUUGUGAGGGAUC